UUAAAAAUUUUGUGAAAUUUUUGUUAUUGUGUGGGGGCUUCAAAGUGUAGUGUGUGUGUUUUUUGUUGUAAAACGUACCAGCACCAUUACGGAAACGUUUUCAAAUACUGGCAAUGCCACCGAAAAAAUCUAACCUCAACAACGCGAGCAGCAAAGGGUCACGACGCAAACGUGUUGAAAGAGCUCAGCAAUUACCAGAACAAAUCGAAACAAGAAAUGCAGCUGAAAGAAUCAGGAUUGCAGAAAGUCGUGCACAAGAAUCUCAAGAACAGCGUGACGAACGUCGGCAACAGAAUAUUACGAGAACAAGAGCGGCACGAGAACGAAACAUAGCUACAGUACGAAUACUAGAUCGACAAAGGCAACGGAUCAGCCGCUCAUUAACACGUGCAUCAUUCGUUCGGCUUGCCUUUGAAUAUGCACCAGAUAUUAACUACUCAGCGCAUUCAAAAAUUGCUAUCGGUGGAAUGGAUAAAGUAUGUCAAUAUUGUCAGGCAUUGAAAUUUCGGAAUGAAGCAGCCGGCAUGUGCUGCGCAUCAGGAAAAGUUGUGCUGUCACCUUUACCCGCUCCGCCGGAGCCUUUAUUAUCCCUUCUUACUGGCAAUUCAGAUGAUUCCAAAUUAUUUUUGCGUAAGAUACGCAAAUUUAAUUCUUGCUUCCAAAUGACGUCAUUUGGGGCAACUAAAAUUUGCGAUCGUGCAUCCGAUGGACGUAAUUUUGAAACUACAUUCAAAAUUCAAGGCCAGGUCUACCAUAAAAUCGGAUCACUGAUGCCAAUGCCUGAUAACAAUCCGAAAUUUCUUCAAAUUUAUUUUAUGGGCGAUUGUGAAGAGCGCGUGACGACUCGGUGCCUGUAUAAUUUUAUUGAACAAGCAGAGGAAAGAGCAAUUGUGAUAUUAUUGGAAAAUUUUUUAGAAGAUCACAAUCAACUAAUUCAAUUGAUCAAAAGAGUUUCGCCACGACUGCAAAAUGACAAUUAUCAAAUCGUCAUAAAAGCCGACAAAGUACCAUUAGGUGAACAUGCUGGUAGAUUCAACGCUCCAACUGUUGAUGAGGUUGCUGUUAUCAUGGUUGGUGAUCCAGUUGACAAGAGAUCUAUAAAAAUUACACGGCGAGACAACACUGUCAGUACGAUUUCGGAUCUACACCGUUCAUAUGACGCACUACAAUAUCCAUUGAUAUUUUGGCAAGGACAAGAUGAAUAUCACCUUAAUAUCAAACAGUAUGAUCCAAAUACCGGUAAAUUUGACAAUUAUCUAUUUACUUUCUUACUAAAGGGUUAUAGUAGUAGAAAGUCAAAUAAGAAUAUCACCAUAUUUUUUUACAAAUACCAUCUGUGUGAAAAAGCAUAGUGGACUCCGUGACUGAUGUUCUCUUAUUGUUCCUCUUAGAUUGUUUACUAUAAUGUAAUAUAACAAAAACUUUAGCCACAGCAACGCGUGGCCGGGUCAGCUAGUAAUAUAUUAUGUAAUAACACCAAAAAAGGCAGAAUGUACUUAAACAGACGAAUGAGUUCCGGUUUAUUUACAAAGUAACAACAGAACUAAUGAAUAAUAGCUUAUUUAUUCCGAAAAACAGGUAUUUUAUCGAUUAUCUCAGGAAGAAAGGAUUACGUGAAACAAAAUUAUUCAUCAUUUCCUUUUGACGCUUUCCUUCAAAGAAGGCAAUGUUUUAAUUUUGUUUAUCUAGUAAGGUCACGUGUAAUCUAUAUACCUAUGUGUGUAAUAAAAGUAGAGAACCAAUCAUACGACCUUAAUCUCCUGGGUUGACAGUGGACUCAUUUCUUAAACGACUUGUAAAAUUGAAGCAGUUUGUUUCUUUUGGAAAUUAAUUAUGUGUAAAAUUCAUUAGUUAAAAAGUUUUACUUUGUUUGAAUGCAGACAAUUAACAAAGCAACACCUUACUGUAAAUAUGAAACUAUGUCCUCUCUUAUCAGUUACUACGUAUUUACUCAAAUAGGUCAAUAACUAAAAAGUCAUAAGCUUAUCCGUACUGUUAUUUUUUUUUUAAAUUUGCUAGUAAUGCAAUGCAGUAUAUAUAAAAUUCAACGUCAUUUUAAUGGUAAUCUAUUAAACUAUCACAUUAAACUGAAAUCAUAUGUCAAAACAAAUCACCUAACUGUAUGACCUAAAAUAGACAACUACUCGACUUUGGAAUAGUGAUUUAUUAAGCAAGUGUGAAAACUAAAUCACAUUGCCCAAGGCGCGAAAAUUGUUCAGCUGAAGAAAGGUCGAUGUAGACACCACGCCAAGAGCAAAAUGACGAGUUCUAAGCGAGUUUUAUACAAUGUUUCAUGUAUCAAAAUAGCUUGUGACUUGCGACUGUGAAGUACACUUACCGAAUGGUUAAUUGUUCAUUGUUCGCCAUACAUUUAAUAGUUUCACAAUUGUCCUUACAAAGCUGAAAAUUAAUAAUUUUCCAUUUUUUUUUUAUUUUAAAUGAAAACGGCGUUCUUGAUGAUGCAGAAAAACGAUACAUGAUUAAGAUUUUUUGACUUGUGUACAGGGUGAGUCAGCUAAAAAAAAAUAAUACAUUUUCUGUUCUUCGCUAGGGCAACUUUGAGUAAAAUUUGAUAAAAUGUUGGAUCAGAUUAUUCAGAAAGCAUAAUGAAUGAAAUAAUUUCAUGAGUCUCAAAAAUAAAUGCUUCAUUGCAUUGAUAACAACGUGUUUAGAAAAUAAAGCGCAGAAAAUGUUUUAAGAAAACAUUGUUUUACAAAAACAAAUAAAACGUAUCAAAAGUAAAAAAAUUGCUCGAAGGUUAUUUCGACAGAACUUCCCUCGCCCCUGAAAUGCAGUAAAACAAAUCCCGCUUUUUCGAGACAUUAUAAAAUUUGAAUAUGCGGAUUUAAUUUUUUUUAUGAGAAGCCUUAUAAGUUAAAAUAGAGAUGUGUAUGUAACGUUAAAGUAAAGAAGGAUGCUGAGCGUACGUUCCAAUUCAGUUUUCCUUUAACAAAGUUUUGUGAUGACGUUAUCAACAUUUUUACAAAGACACGUAUAUCACUUUGGAUAGGUGUAGUGUAAUACUAAUAAUAACAGUAUUGAAUUCCCAAAUUUUCUGGAAAACGGAGUGAGCCGUUUCCGAUUUAAUCAAUAAAAUAAAUUGAUCCUUUCAUUAUUUUUUAUGAGUCACCCUGUAUAAGAAAUUUUAUAACUUUUAUUGUAGUGAUAAAGUACAAGUAUAGACUCAUCAUAUUUUGCACAUUUUGGAUAAAAUUUAUUCGGCAAAAUUUUGUGAUGACAUUAUCAAUUUUUUCGGAAGGGAUAAACGAAUAAAACUUAAAAUAUUUACAGGUUUUCAGAGCGUUCGGUUGUGGAGUUUCAAAGUUAUGUUACAAAAUAUUGUUAUACAGUUCGACACUUAUUCACACACCACAAGUGCAUGAGUAUCUUAUUUUAUAAGAUUUUAAAAAACUUUUUGUUAUAAAUUUUGGAGAUGACGUCAAUAUCAUUGGUGGUGGGGAUGAAUAGCCAAAUUUUAGUUAGCGUUUAACCAUCUACAUUGUAUUCCUAAUUACAAAAUUUGACAACAAUCGGUCCAGUAGUUUCGGAGAUUACUUGUUUAAUAAAAGUGGAUUCAGACACCCGACAGACAGAUGGAAACGGGAGACCCCUUUUUUCGUACUCAAGAGAUCAUGACACGUCGAGAAAAUAUGAAAGUGGCAAUUCGGCCGAUGAACUCGAUUACUAUACUUCCUUAUCUUAUGCUCGGGAAGUAAAAAUAUUGGCAAAUGAC